AUGUCCUACAUCGUUCCCAUCCACCACGCGAGCGGUGUCCGACAUGCUCUCAAGCUAAAUUUUCUCGAGCCAGGCGUCGAGGUGCUUAUUGUAGCUAAAGCAAACAGACUCCAUAUCUACGAGCAAGGCGUCGAAGGAUUGUCUUUGUUGUAUACUAAAAAUGUCUUUGGGUACAUCACUAUCCUCGAGAGUCUUCGCCCCGCCUCCUCCAAAACCGACCACCUCUUUGUCGGCACUGAUCGAUACCAAUACUUCACUUGUUCAUGGAAUGCAAACAUCAGGCAGCUACAAACCGAACAAAGCUAUGUCGAUCUUGCCGACAAGGUUCUCCGGGACUCGAGAGAGACGGACAGAUGCCACGUAGAUCCUACGGGGCGAUUCAUGACCCUGGAGCUCUAUGACGGUGUUGUUACCGUGCUCCCCUUCGUCCAGCCUUCGAAUAAGCGUCAGAAGAGAGACAACAAUUCGCCUUCACAAGUGGGAACGCUGGGAGAGCCGGUCCAGGUCAGGAUAGAGGAACUGUUAACGAGGGAUUCGGCUUUGGUGGCUACAGACCCUCAAGGAAAGGAACCUGUUCAACUUGCCGUCCUUUGGGAAGACAAUUCGGGAAAUCCUCAAUUGAAGGUCCGGCAGUUGAAAUACACCCCCGGUGGAGAACAGGCCUCGGCGGAAUUGCAGACGGUAGCUGAGUUGCGAGGUGACCAGCUGGACAAGGGAGUGAGCCAUCUCAUUCCUGUGAAUGGUGGUUUCCUGGUUCUGGGUGACCAUUCCAUCCGCUUUGUUGAUCGACAAUUGACCAACGUCAUAACGCAAGACCUUGGGGAUGAUGCCACCAUGUGGUCAUGUUGGACCCAAAUCGAUAAGCAACGUUGGCUGCUUGCUGAUGAUUUUGGAAAGCUCUUCUUCCUCAUGAUAGAGAUCGCCGAUUUCACAGUGUCAUCAUGGAGGCUUGACCCGGUCGGGGUUGCCUCAAAAGCCUCCUGUCUUGUCUAUCUUGAUGAUGGAUAUGUAUUUGUCGGUUCCCACUCGGGCGACUCGCAGGUUGUCCACAUUGAGGCAGACGGCAUCCGGAUCGUCCAGACGUUCUCUAAUAUAGCACCUAUCCUAGAUUUCACAAUUAUGGACCUUGGUCGAGGUGGAGAAGGUGGACAGGCACCAGAAUUCUCUUCAGGCCAAGCUCGGAUUGUCGCUGCCAGUGGUGCAUGGCAGGAUGGUACGAUCCGGAGUGUGAGAAGUGGUGUAGGACUUGAGCUCAUUGGGACCAUAGGAGAGCUGUAUCAUAUCACAGAUCUCUGGGCGGUGAGCUCUACAGGUCUGGGGAAUGUACAUGAUACUUUAAUUGUGUCAUUCAUCACUGAAACUCGAGUCUUCAAGUUCGAUGCUGAGGCUGCAGUGGAGGAAGUUGACGAUUUCUACCAUCUCGAACUCUCCCAACCAACUUUGUUUGCAGCCAAUUUACCGGACCGGAAACUUGUACAGGUAUCCGAGUCUGCAAUCAAAGUCACGGAUCUUGAUUCAGACAUGCUCAUGCUUGAUUGGAGACCUCCGGACGCCGAUGCAAAGCUAACUGCGGCGUCAGGAAACUCCGUUCAUCUACUUGUUGUCGAAGGUGGCCAUACCCUACAUGUCUUCCAUGCCGCAAACCAUGACUCCAAACCCACAAUCUCGAAAACAUUCCCGCCAGAUUCUCAAAUAUCAGGUAUAACAGUCCCAGAUUCCCAGAGUAGUGUUUGCAUUGUUUCCUUUUGGCAAACUGCAUCACUUGCUAUUCUAGACCUGCACUCCCUCGACACUCUGCUAGUUCAAAAUCUUGGAACGGCUGGAAUAGACAUACCACGAUCAGUACUUGUGGCAACCGUCCUGCCAGAUGCGGCCCCUACACUAUUCGUUGCGAUGGCCGAUGGAACUGUGCUUACUUAUGCAUUCGAUCUUACUAAGAAUGCACUCUCAGGAAUGACUAGGAUAUUAUUAGGAACGGAACCCGCUUUCUUCAAGGCGCUGCCUAGGGAUGGAGGGGCAGGGUCGCCCUUAUCUCACAUCUUUGCCUCAUGUGAACAGCCUUCCCUGAUAUACGCCUCUGAAGGUCGCAUCAUCUACUCGGCGGUGAAUGCUGAAAGUGCAUCGAGGGUGUGUCACUUCAACUCUGAAGCCUAUCCCGACGCCGUAGCCCUCGCCUCCCCCAAAGAGCUUCAGAUUGCUCACAUCGGCAAGGAAAGAACUACGCAGCUCCAGACGCUUCCUAUUCGCGAAACGGUCAGAUGUCUUGCGUACGAAUCAAAGGGACAAAUUUUUGGCAUGGGUUGUGUUCGCCGUAUACUGGAGAGUGGCGAGGAAGCCCUUCUCAGUUCGGUUAAAAUUGCCGACGAGGUCAGUUUCAAAGAAUUGGACUCCGUUGAACUACAAGACAGAGAAUUGGUGGAGUGUAUUCUAUCUACAGGCUCAUUUGAAAUACCGGGCUCUGAGGAAUCCACAGAAAUGUUUGUAGUUGGAACAAGCAUUGUGAUGGAGGAUGACACCGGCCGUGAGCUCAUCAGAGGGCGAAUUCUAGUUUUCGAAGUCAACAAAGAGCAGAAGCUGAAACAGGUUACUGAACUGGUCGUUCCCGGCAGCUGUAGAAGUCUGGCAAUGUGCGAAGGCAAGCUUGUGGCCGGGUUGUUGAAGACGGUGGUCCUUUAUGGACUUGUUCCUUCCCAGACCAGAGGUAGACAUUCUCUAGAUUUGGUCAAACUGGCGACAUAUCGCGCGUCGUCAAAUCCUCUGUCGUUGGCUGUCACACCUUCUACAGAUAAGAUGCCAGCGCUGAUCGCAGUUGCGGACAUCACGAAGUCAUUGUCGGUAUUGAAAGUCAAUCUUCCAGAUGAGGCGCAUCCUGAUCACCAGCUGUGCGAAAUAUCCAGGCAUUUUGCAACAGUGUGGUGCACAGCGGUUGGGGCUACGGUGGAAAACGAAUGGCUUGUGGCCGACGCGGAGGGCAAUCUGCUGGCUUUGAGACAGAACCGCGAUGCCAUCCAUGAUGCAAGUUGGCGGCGGAUGGAAGUCAUAGGUGAAUUCCGCCUGGGACAGGUUACGAAUAAAAUCAUAGCCCGGGCAGUGGACGAACUUCCACGCAAUGGCCCUCUCGUAACCCCACGAGCAUUUGUUGGGACGGUUGAAGGUGCGAUUUUCAUGUUUGCGACGAUCAAUCAAGCAUACGUCAACGUCCUUUUGCUUCUACAAACAUCAUUGGCCACCCGUAUCCAAGCACCAGGAUACAUGCCAUGGGCGAAAUAUCGGGCGUGGCAGACGGCAGUAUCCGAGAAGGACGAACCGUUUCGAUUCGUCGACGGGGAAAUGCUCGAGCAAGGUCUUCUCUCGCUGUCGGAUGAAGAGCUCGAGAACGUGCUUCAGGAGGCCGGGUUGAGGGAGAAGAAGCACGAUGUCACCGUGGAGGAAGUCAGAGCCUGGGGCGAGGAGUUGAGGCGCUUGUAUUAG